AUGUCGUCACUUGCUUUUCAUCAUUUGCACUGUUAACACCAAAAUUAUAUCUCUCCGUUGUUUGAGUACUUCUACAGUUCUUUUAUUCCUGCAAGACCUCAUAUUCCUCUACAUGGUCCAUUCGAACCGGAUAUAUGAAGAUCAGCGGUUAAAAUUGAAGAAAGGAAUAAUUAAGGAUCGUCAAUUAGCCGGCGUGACUUGCAGGUUUUUUGCAGGACAAUUAGUUGGACUGAAAUCAAGCAAUUUAAUUGCGGUGUAUUGCAUUUAUUCUAUUAAUAUCAUCACCCAACACUCAGGUAAUAUAAAUAAAACUAAAUCGUUAAGAAAUAUCACAGGUUGAAUACACUUGUCUCCCAGUAUGUCCGAGGAAAGGGAAUUAGUUAAGAAGCGAGGAAGCUUUAAAGGUCGAUUGACUGCUUUCGUUACCUUUCUGGAUUCACUCAAGGACAGAACCCUAACCAAUUGUGACAUGGCUGAGCUGCAGUUGCGCAUAGGCAAGAUGGAGUCGUUGUAUGAGCAGUAUGAUGAGGUACAGUUACGUCUGGAAUGCCUUGUCGAGGACAUUAAAUUACAAUUUUCCGAACGUUCUGAUUUUGAGUCUCUUUAUUAUAAAUCCUUGUCCAGGGCACAGAAUAUUAUAAGCGACUAUAAUAAAGAUAAUGAGUCGAUGGAAAGUUGUAAGGGUAGUCACACUAAUGUGCAUAAGCCAGUUAAGUUGCCAACAAUCCAGUUACCUAAGUUCAGCGGUUUAUAUACGAAUUGGCUAGAAUUCCGUGACACCUUUAGUAGUCUCGUUCAUUGCAAUGAUAGCAUUGACGAAAUUAAUAAAUUUCACUACUUGAGAGCAUCUCUUGAAGGGUCAGCAGCGGUAGUUAUUAAUUCUAUUGAGUUUUCUUCGAGUAAUUAUUCUGUGGCAUGGCAGUUGUUAUGUGAUCGAUUUGAUAACAAAAGAUUACUCAUACAAAAUCAUGUGUCUGCUUUAUUUAAUAUUGAAAGCAUCAUAAAGGAGUCUUCUGUUGCAUUAAAAUCUCUAAUUGAUUUGAUAAAUAAAGACUUACGAGCAUUAGAGUCGUUAGGUGAGCCUGUUAAGCAGUGGGACACGUUAUUGAUUUAUAUUAUGACUCGCAAGCUUGAUCAAAAGACCUAUCGCGAGUGGGAAGAGUACAAAGGUAGGAUAGAUAAGGACAGCCCUAUAACGUUUGAAGAUUUCAUAAAAUUCCUGCGUGAUCGAGCUGACCUUAUUGAGACCUUAGAAUUAUCACGCAAUAAUUGUUCCCAAACAUCUAAUAAAUCAUGUCCUAAGAUAAAAUCUAUGGUAGCUACACAGUCUCUUAAUUACAGUGUCAAUAACGACGAAAUGUCUCGCAAAGUGUGUCCUAAUUGUAACAGAGAUCAUUCGCUAAAUAAUUGUCCACAGUUUCUCGCACUCAGCAAUGACGCUCGAUUCAAACUACUGCCCACCUUUAAGAUUUGUUUUAACUGCUUUCGGUCCGGUCAUUAUGCCAAUAAAUGUAAAAAACCAGGUUGUAAACUAUGCAAGCGCAGGCAUAAUACACUAGUUCACACCGAUAAUAAAUGCACUGAAGUCAAUACAGUUAACGGUAAUUCAAAUAACUCGUCACCAUCUUCAUCUGUACCGUCUGCUUCCACGGACACGAGUAACGUAGCAUUGUCAGCAAACAUUGCAUCAUCCCGUGAUCAUAAGCAGCGUGAUGUGUUGUUGUCCACCGCACAGGUCAAACUGCGGGACAACAAUGGUGUAGUGCACGUCGCUCGCGCGGUUCUCGAUAGCGGCAGCACAUCGUCAUUCAUCACAGACCGGUUAUGCAGACAAUUGAAGUUAGCAACAACGCAAGUAAACAAAUGUAUACUUGGUAUAAAUAAUGUUACGUCGCACGCAGGUAAAUUGAGUCGUGUAAGGAUAACAUCGAUGGACGAUAGUAUUACUUUCGACCUUAAUUGUUUUGUUUUGCCAUACAUUACAAGUAAUGUUCCGUGCCGCGAAGUUAAUUACUCGACAUUAAAUAUUCCGCUAAAUAUAACUUUAGCAGAUCCUACGUUUUGCAAGCCCGCUGAGGUAGAUAUUCUCAUCGGUGCUGAUCUCUUUUGGGAUUUGUUAGGAUCACACAAAAUAAAGUUAGGUACCGGAAAACCAGUUUUGUAUGAAACCAGUUUAGGGUGGAUAGUUUCCGGUCCAAUUAGUCAGAAUUCUAUUUCAUUGUUAUGUAGUGAUUUAAAAUGCAAUUUUUCUAAAACUGUUUCUGACAAUAAUACUGACUUGGAAAACAUUAGACCAGAUUUACGACUGGAUCGAUCGGUCUGA